AUGACAACGCGAACACAUCGAUUAUGGCAACCGGGAAAUCCACAGUUGCGCGUUUUUCUACCCGAUUUUUGGAUUAAAAUUUUACAAACGCCAGAUUAUGGGCGCGAAAAAUUGCCGAAGAAUUGUUUCAAAUGUGAAGUUGAUCCAAGGAUGUCGAGAUACGAUAUUCGGCAAUAUCUUGAAAAAAUAUAUAAAUUGCCAGUUCGGGAUGUUAGAACUGCGGUUGUUACUGGUGAAAUCACUUGGGAUCUUAAGUUGGAUCGAGAAAAGAGGAAAGCGCUUUGGAAAGAAAAAGAUAAGAAAUAUGCUUUCGUGUUUUUAAAAAAAGGAAUUGAAUUCCGUUUCCCUGAAAUAUUCGCUAAGGAUCAGGAGACGGAAAAUUUGAACAAGAUAAAGGAACAGCAGGCUCAACUUUCGAAAAAUUGGGAUUUUGUAAAUCGCGAUCGGAAGAAUAUCGGAGAAUGGUUCGGUUAA